AUGUGCAGUAUGAGUGUUCUAAGGCCGAUCAUAUGCCCAUCGAUACUGAAUUCGGACCUGUCGAACCUGGCCACGGAGUGCCGGAGGCUGCUGGGUGAUGGCGCCGACUAUCUGCACCUGGAUGUCAUGGAUGGCCACUUCGUGCCCAACAUCACACUGGGACAUCCCGUGAUCGAUUGCUUGCGGAAAAACCUCGGUCCGGAGCCUUUUUUCGACGUGCAUAUGAUGGUUGAAAAUCCGGAACAGUGGUUGGAACCGAUGAAGAAGGCGGGUGCUAGUCAAUUUGUGUUUCAUUUUGAAGCGUUGGAUUCGGCGAGUGCUUGUCAGAGGCUGAUCGACAAAAUCAAAAGCGCUGGCUUGAAGGCUGGUUUGGCAAUAAAACCCGGUACGCCGGUACAGAAAAUAAUGUCGCUUUCCGGCAUGGAUAUGGUUCUGAUAAUGACUGUAGAGCCUGGAUUCGGAGGUCAAAAGUUUAUGGAAGAUAUGAUGGAUAAAAUCCGUUUGCUGCGCUCUGCUCAUCCGUUUUUGGAUAUUCAGGUGGAUGGUGGCGUCAAUGUGGAUAACGUUGAAAUCUGUGCGAAAGCUGGAGCUAAUGUUAUUGUUUCGGGGACGGGAAUCAUUAAAGCUUCUAACCCAGCAGAAGUGAUUGCGGUUUGUUUGUGCUUUUAG